UUUCUUUCCUGUGCGACCCAUGCCUUCGUGCUAGGGUUUUUCAUUUUCCUCGAAACCGCCGCGGGCACAAAAAACCGUUGUAGGGCUUCAGAAACCCGUUCGGGAGCUGGGGAUUAGGGUUUCAAUGGCGACCGACUUGCAGGAAAUCUAGGUUUAGGGUUUUAGCCAAAUCCGCCCCCGCCUCGUCUCCAUCCUCCCUGCAGAGAUGGCGACCGCGAACCCGUUCGAUCUCCUCGGCGACGACGACAACGACGAUCCGUCGCAGUUGAUAGCGAAAGAGCAGCAGAAGGCCGCCGUCAAGAAAACGGCCGCUGCCGCCGCUCCUCCGGCGCCUGCGAAGCUUCCGUCGAAGCCGCUUCCUCCGGCACAGGCCGUGAAGGAGGCUAGGAGUGAAGCGCCAGCUGUGCCCCCACGCGGUGGUGGGCGUGGUGGUGCUGUCCGCGGUAGGGGUGGGCGAGGAAGCAGCUCAAACAGAGAUAUUGGGAGCAAUGGGAAUAUCAAUGGGUUUUCUGGAUCCUACGCUCGCAGUGGAGAAGAUGGAGAGAUGAACAGGCCUUCGGAGAGGGGACGUGGGACCUAUGGUCCGCCACGGCAGUCGUUCCGUGGUGGCCGGCGUGGCGGUUAUGGGAAUGGAGAGGGAGGAGACAUCGACCGGCCUCCACGUAGACAGUUCGAUCGUCACAGUGGGAUGGCGCAUGGGAAUAUGAGCACCAAGCGUGAUGGUGCUGGUCAGGGGAACUGGGGGACUGUGACGGAUGAAGUAGUUGCACAGGAACAUGAGGAAAUCACAAACACAGAAGACAAAAUCUUGACUCCCGACAAGCAGCCAGAGCAGGAAGAUGCACCAGCUUCAGAUGUUAAUAAGGAAAGCAAGGAGGAUCCAACAAAUGAAGUAGAAGAAAAGGAAGCAGAGGAGAAGGAGAUGACUCUGGCUGAGUAUGAGAAAAUACUGGAGGAGAAGCGGAAAGGCUUAACCGCAAUGAAGACUGAAGAGAGGAAGGUAGUUGUUGACAAGGAAUUUAAGGCUAUGCAGCUGCUCUCAAUCAAGAAGGAAAAUGAUGAUGUUUUCAUUAAGUUGGGAUCUGGUAAAGAUUCAGGAAAGCGAAAAGAAAAUGCUGAUGGGAGCGAGAAGGCCAAAAAGUCACUGAGCAUCAAUGAGUUUUUAAAGCCAGCUGAAGGAGAAAGCUACUACAGUCCCGGUGGUCGUGGCCGUGGCAGGGGGCGCGGUGAUCGCAGACCUUUCAGAGGAGGCUUUGCCAGUGGCAGCAGCACAAGUGUACCUGCUGCUCCCUCUAUUGAAGAUCAAGGAGAGUUUCCUACAUUGGGUGGAAAGUAGAAAACUCGGUGCAACUACUGUUGCCCUUUAUUCUCUCUAUAUUUUCACCCCUUUCUAAUUUUGAAGAGUUGAUAUUAGAAUCCUGAAAAAUAAUGAUAUUUUCUGCAUCUAAAAGGACAUAAUUCCUUUCGGUUUUCUUUUUUUAAUCCCCAAUGGUGUAUAUUUUAGUGGUAUCUUAGCUGGUGCGUGGUCUGGUCUUUUGGUUGCCAAUUUUUUUUUUUUCAUGCUUUCAUUCCAUUAGUUCUUUUUGAACCUUUAAAAAAAAUUAUAAAUAGUGAAUGCUGUAUGCUGUGGAUACUCAAACCAUCACUUCAAUGCUCAAUUUUUACUGUCCUUUC